GCUCUGAACAGCUCCAGCAAGACAUCAAGGCCUUCUCACUCAGAGACAUUUGAAGCCUCAACAUGAUGUUUUUCCUCUUUUUGUGUUUCCUCGCUCUUGGUGCUGCGGCUCCCUUGGAGGAGAAAAACACGAAGCUCCAGCGUGGCGGUUGUGCACCGUUCUGGUUCAGCUUCAGUGGCCGCUGCUAUCGGUAUGUUGCCACAGAGAUGACCUGGGCUGAUGCAGAAUUCCACUGUGUGUCACUGGGAGCCAACCUGGUGUCCAUCCACAGUCAGGAAGAACAGAACUUUGUCAAAUCACUGAUUCAGAACUUUGACCCGGUUCAAGGACGCACCUGGAUUGGACUCACCGACCUUCAUAAGAAUUUUAGAUGGAUGUGGUCUGAUGGAUCCAGGGUGGACUUUGUCUUUUGGAAUACGGGAGAGCCAAGCAACUAUGAAGGAGCAGAGUCAUGCGUUGAAACGAACUACAGUGCGAAUAAGAAGUGGAACGAUGCAAAGUGCCAUGAAACAUUUCCGUUUGUUUGUGCAUCACGCACAGUCUGCCCUUAG